AAGUUUCGACGCGACCCGUACGUCUCCACGUUUGUCGGCUUAUCUAAGGUCACCAACUACCUCUUUGAUGCUCUGCGGGGGGCGGAGGAGCAGCAGCACCGCCCCCCAGAGGAGGUGGCAGACCUGCUGGGCGAAGUCAUCCCGGGUCUGGAGAUCAACCAGCAGGAGGAGCCAGGCUUCGAGGUCAUCACCAGGAUCGACCUGGGAGUGAGGCCUCAGGUGAGCCGCGGCGAGCCGCUGACAGCAGACGAGUGGAUCAGACACCACGACGCCGAGGGGAGGCUGCAGGGCGUCGAGCAGCUGCGGAACAAAAUCUUCAAGGGGGGCGUGUGUCACGCUGUGAGGAAGGAAGUCUGGAAGUUCCUGUUGGGGUUUUCUCCGUGGAGCAGCACGUCAGAAGACAGGAAGAGUCUGCAGAAAGCUAAAACAGAUGAGUACUUCAGGAUGAAGCUGCAGUGGAAAUCAAUGAGUGAGGAGCAGGAGAGCAGGAACUCCAAACUGAGGGACUACAGGAGUCUGAUUGAGAAAGAUGUGGACCGAACGGACCGAACAAACCCGUUCUACGAAGGUCUGAACAACCCGACCCUGACCCUGCUGCACGACAUCCUGAUGACCUACUGCAUGUACGACUUCGACCUGGGUUACGUUCAGGGAAUGAGCGACCUGCUGUCUCCCAUCCUCUUCGUCAUCGAGAGCGAGGACGAUGCCUUCUGGUGUUUCGUCUCCUUCAUGGACCAGAUGCACCAGAACUUCGAGGAGCAGAUGCAGGGCAUGAAGACCCAGCUGGUCCAGCUCAGCACGCUGCUCCGGCUGCUGGACCUGGCUUUCUGGAACUACCUGGAGUCUCAGGAGUCCGGCUACCUGUACUUCUGCUUCAGGUGGCUGCUGAUCCGCUUCAAGAGGGAGCUGAGCUUCCAGGACGUCCUGCGGCUCUGGGAGGUGAUGUGGACCGGGCUGCCCUGUCAGAACUUCCACCUGCUGGUCUGCUGUGCCAUCCUGGACUCUGAGAAGCAGAAGAUCAUGGAGGAGAACUACGGGUUCAACGAGAUCCUGAAGCACAUCAACGAGCUCUCCAUGAAACUCAACGUGGAGGAGAUCCUGCAGAAAGCUGAAGGCCUCUACCUGCAGAUCAGGAGCUGCAAGGACUUGCCUCGCUCAGUCAGCACCAUCCUAGGUUUGGACUCGGACUGCCCCUGUUCUGACCCGGCGACAGAACACGGAUCGGCCGCAGCUCCCCGUCCGGCCCGGAGGCAGGAGUUCUGCUCCAACGGACUCUGCAGAGACAACAGACCUCCUAACAGCUGCAGAGCAGAGUUCACAUAGUGACCCCAGGGUCCAGGAGGGGGGUGGAGCUAAAGGGGGUGGAGCCACACCUCCCUGACCACUAACCAGUGGGAAAAGGAGGGUGUAAAAACCGUAAAAAGUUAUAUAAAUUCUUAUUUUUCUAAUUCUUAUAUCUUUAGCCUGAUGUUUUCUAAAGCCAUGAACUGCAGGACAAACAGGAAGUGAUGUAAAACUCACCUGGACAAACAGGAAGUGAUGUAAAACUCACCUGGACAAACAGGAAGUGAUGUAAAACUCACCUGGACUUAUUGUCUGACAUGCUUUCCUUGAAUCAGAGCUGCAGUUCAGAACCUGUUGGUCUGGUUUUCCUUCCUGCUGCAGCUGAUCAGUAUUUGUAUCAUCGAUCAAUCAGCUCGUUCUCUUUCUUGAUUAUUAUUUUUUUAUCUGUAAAAUGUAAAAAAGCCAAAGUGACUUCCUGAACCUGCUCAGUUUGUACAGAUUCUGUUACUUUCAUUAAAACGCUGCCAACCAA